UGUAUUAGAAGAAAUCGGUCAGCCAUCGGUCAGCCGUGAUUUGGCCCCGCUACGUUAGCAAAAGGAUCCCAGAUAUCCUUCUUCCGUUUGGGCCGUUUCUCUGCCGCUUUUUUCUUCGUUUCAUUGGCCGCAAAGAACAAUCCGGGAAAACGGGCCACUUCUGCUUCGUCGCUGUGUGUUCGAUUCCGUUUGUCGUGCGCGCACGGGGGAUAACUGCAGUUUUCAUUAGUCAUGAUACGACAGCGAUCGUCAGUGAGGAGCCGCGGUUCAUCGUCCACGACGAUCAGUGAUCCGCGGGAAAAAGUUAAGGACUGCUGCCGGAAGUUCGUCGCCUUCAUGUGCACACAGGUUGGCGUCGGAGGCCUCAUCGUGGCGUACGCGCUGGUCGGGGCAGCCAGCUUCAUGUCGAUCGAAACGCAAGAACCGAACCCGCUGAUCGAACACGUUAUCACGCUGCGUCGCAACUGCGCGGCCGAGCUGUGGGACGUGACGGAGCAGCUGAACCUGUUCAACAGCUCCAUGUGGCAUUACGAGGCGAACCUGGUGCUGAAGCGCUACCAGGACGACUUUGCCGAGGCGAUCCGGCGCGGCUAUGACGGCCGCUCGCCGGAAGAAGUGUGGAACUUCCCGGCCGCGCUGAUGUUCUGCCUGGCGGUGUUUACCAUGAUCGGCUACGGCAACAUGGUGCCGCGCACGGCGUGGGGCAAGGGCGCCACGGUCAUAUAUGCCACCUUCGGCAUCCCGCUCUACAUACUGUACUUCAUGAACAUGGGCAAGGUGCUGGCGUCCACGUUCAAGUGGCUGUACACGUGGUUCCACGAGUGUAGCCAUCGGAGCGAUGACGAGCUAGCCAUCGAAGAUGGGCUCGGUUUGUCGCCCCGCAAGCGCAUCAUCGUGCCCACCACCGCCUGCCUGUGGGUCAUCACCAUCUACAUCGCAACCGGCACAAUCAUGUUCGCCGAGUGGGAGAAGUGGACCUACCUCGAUUCGGCCUACUUCUGCGUGACGAGCCUGUGCAAAAUCGGUAUCGGUGACCUAGUGCCGGGCGCAAACAUACUCGACUCGCAGAGCGGCAAACCGACCAAGCUGGUCAUCAAUUUCGUCUACAUGCUGCUCGGGAUGGGACUGGUGGCGAUGUGCUACAUUCUAAUGCGCGAGGAGGUGCGCAUCAAAAUGCAAGAGAUCAAGGAGGACACGCGUCUCUGCCUGGAGGACCUGAGCGCAAAGUUCGCCAAAUGCUGCGGCACAAAGGACUCACAGUACUACAACUAACCCCCGAGAGUUCCCGGUAUAACAAGGCGACGGUUAACAACAGAAUACAUCCCCCCCUUCUCCGCCAUUUUGAUUACCACAAUUCCAGUCAGCCCAAAACCGUGCUUCCGGUGAACUUCCUUCCAUUACGCUCUCUCUUUCUCACUCACACCCACACACAUAUGCGCGCGGCACGCGCGCGCGCGAUUAGUACCUACAAUUAUCAGUUGAUAUUCGUUAAGCAGAAAAAAGGACAGCUCGCAACAAACCUCAAUGCUGAUCGUCGCUCAACUCAAACCGAUCGAGCGCCUGAAGCCACGGGGGGCCGAUGUAUGGCACCCGAAGUGACGGUUUUAUGCUCCCGGAACACAAAAGCUAUCCACACUCAAAAUGGCCGAAUGGCUGAAAAUGUUACUCACAAAUUGUAAAUACUUUGCACGGAUCUGGCUCAGUCCAUCCUGAGUAAGUUAGUUUCUAAAAUAUUAAUCAGAUCAUUAGUAGCUGCAUAUCUUAGGUUUUAAAACUAUAGGAAUCAAGCGAAAAACUGAAUA